AUGGUUUUCGGGUUGGAAAGACGACGUGGCCACAAGGAAGCUAAAAUACAGGUCCGGAUCACCCAAAUUGAGCUUGACAAGCGGAUCCUUCUCGAUAACGAUGAGAAACAAAUCCGGUGUUUGCAGCAACAGAUCGAAGGCCAGCAAAACACCAUUGCUGAACUCCGAAACAGAUCAAGGGAUGGUUCUCAGUCUCUGGAGAGGUUACAACAAGCUUUAGACCGUACGAAGCGGAACGCAGCGAUGACAUCCGACAAGGUGAGACUUGAAGAGGAGAAUAACAGGCUUGACCGCCAGAACAGCGCAUUAGCGGUCGAGAGGGAAGUCAUGCACAACUGGAGAAAUAGGCUCAAUGGUCUGAUCUUGUCAAUGUGGGGUUUGACCUAUGAGUAUGUCUACCGCGCAACCCUCAAGGCCGACUGCCCAUACAAGGACAUAAAUCAAGCCGAUCCAGUGGGGAACCGGGUAUUCGCUGGAAUCAAGCGCGGGUUGCAUCGCUUUCUGGGGGACGACGCCAGAAUCACAGCUGAGCAGAGUGCGGAGGUUCUGAGCAGGAAUUUCGAUGCGGACGUAGCUGAGUACCUGGGGAACAAGGACAAAGAAGAUCUCCAGAAAGAUCUCACGAAGAUCUUCAACGAAGGCCGCGAGAUCUGGGGACAAGUUUGGAGUGACAACUGA